UCUCCUCCAACAAAACAACUAUGCAUCAGUUAAGAGGGGGAUAACAAAGAAUGCUUGGAAUUCUGAAGGGCCAGUUCAGAGAGCAAGACUCUCCCGUCGCCGGGGGAAACAGCGGAGGGCGGUAGCUGUUGAGGAGGCCUCGCCAUGAACCAGCAGUGGCAGCGACAGCAACAGCCCACAGGGCAGGGGGCGGAGCAGCAGGGCUCCGCCCACUAGAGCUCCUGCAAACCUACACAAGCAAACCAACCAUGAUACAGAAGAGGCAGGCAGGCUUAAGACCGUAAGAACAUAAGGAGCAGACAGAGGGCGCCAGAGAGCCAAACCAGCCGAGGGGACGGAGGGAGGGAGGGAGAAGAUGGAGGGAACAUGGCUGCGUCUGCACAGCCACCCUGCCCUUUCUGUGGUUGCCUUCGCGCUCGUCUUCAGGGCUGUUCACCGCCUGCUGUAUAGUCUCACGCCGCCGCCCAGAGUGGUGGAGCGCAACCCGCUUUGUGCCUGGAAGUGGAGGAACCUCUGCCUGUCUUUGGCCCACUCGCUGGUCACGGGCCCCUGGGCCGCCACCUGUGUGAUCGUUUGUCCAGAGAUGCUAAAGGACCUCCACUCCUAUUCCACGCCAAUCUCAUACCUGCUCAUCUGUGUCUCAUCAGGGUACUUUGUACAAGAUACCGGUGAUAUUAUAUUUUCUGGACAUGCCAAAGGAUCAUGGGAAUUCCUGCUCCAUCACUUCUUGGUGCUGUGGUGUUUCCUGUAUGCUCUCUACACGCGGCGAUACGUGGGUGGAGCCGUCAUCGCUCUGCUGGUGGAGAUCAACAGCGUGACGCUACACACGCGUCUGCUCCUGAAGCUAGCGGAGGCGCGAGCUUCCACUGUCUACCGCAUCAACAAGCUCCUCAACCUCCUCACCUACGUCACCUUCCGGCUGGGCACGCAGUUCUACCUCACCUGGUACCUCCUGUGGAACUACUCCUGGCUGGACCACGCUGCCUACUUCCUAGGCACAGUGCUCCUUAUGGACAUCAUCAUCCUCAUUUACUUCUACAGGCUUCUGAGGGCCGAUUUCUUCCCCAGUGGGUACGCCCGCCUUGAGAGGAACGCAACCAGCAGCAAUGGCUUCUCCGACUUCCUCAAAGACUGAAUGUUCCUGGAAGGUCUUGAGUGAACCUGAACUCAAUGCCAGUGAUGGCGUCUGCUUUGAUGGUGGAGAUGGUUUGGUGUAGCCCAGGUCACUGGUAUAAGUGUUUAUCGUGAGAAAGCCUCAAACUGCCUCUAACUGCCUCGAGCUGCCUCGAACUGCCUACGGUCGCCAUUCUCGGCUCCAGCGCUGUGUGGUCACGUUUAAUGUCUAAUCUGUCGUGGUGAGCUGUGUUGCCAAUGUCUUGGCUGUAAACAAAUUGAUAAAUAAUGUAGGAUGAAAUGUAGAUGCCCCAGAAAAGCCUCUGUGUACCCCAGAGAACCUUCCCAAUGACAGUUUUGAUUCACUUCAUGGAUCAGGACCAGUUCCAAACUCUGCCUGCCUCUCUGCGGGUUGUAAAGAUGGUUUUGCGUUCAUGUUCAAUUAUGCCAUGAAGUGAACGGAUGAAAUCACACAGCCAAAAUUGUUCAUUUUAACCAUUUAAAUGAAUUCUGCCAAAGAUUCAGUUACAGUAUUGAACAUUUAGCUUGAACUAUCCAAACUGGGAUAAAUGAGUAGCCACUUGUUAACGCCACUUUGUUUAUACAGUUAUUAGGACUUAAUAUUAGUGUUUUAAUAUUAGUGUUUUGGCAAAUAUGUGGAGUGUUUAGAAAUACUAAUUAAAUACUCAUACAACCUAGUGAAGUGCAGCUGUUGUUUAAGGGCAGAACAAGUGAUGUUCCUGACCCAUCUACUAAUCCUGGCGGUUAGAUGAUGAGCUGAAACAGGCGGGAAACCACCAAACUCUUCUGAGGACUGAGAAUGAGGCUCUCAAAAUGUUUUAAUGCUUUAAAAUGUUACCUUCACAUACUCAGUAAAAGCACUGCACACUGGGCACUGACAUUCUGACCACAUCUGCAUGACUGACAAGUAUUGCAUGAAAUGUCAAGGACAAGAUGUGGUCAAGACCGUUUACUUCACCAAAACAAAAACACUGUGUGUAAUACUGUAUAUGUGUAAACAGAAGAUCACCUGAACUUUUGUUUUUUAUGCCAUGUUUCCAUUAAUGCCUUUUUAAUGCCAUUAAUAAAAUUUACUUUAUAUAUGAUGAA